AAAAUGGACUUCUGGAAUCUGGCCAUCAGAAUCAUUUUCUUAUUACAAACUAUAACUGGAAUUCUGGGAAAUUUCUCUCUUAUGUUCCACUAUCUACUCCUUUACUACAGAGAAUGCACACUGAAGACCACAGAUUUUAUUCUCGUGCACCAAAUGACAGCCAAUAGCUUGAUCAUUCUCUCUUCAGGAGUGCCACACACAAUGGCAGCUUUUGGGUUGAAGCAGUUCUUGAAUGAUUUUGCAUGCAGAUUCCUGAUAUUCAUUCAAGGAUUUAGCAGGACUGUGUCCAUUGGCUCCACCUGCUUCUUGAGUGUCUUCCAAGCCAUGACCAUCAGUCCCAGGGAAUCCUUUUGGAAGGAUUAUAAAAUCAGAACUGCCAAGUACACUGGCUGCUCCAUUUCCCUCCUCUGGGUCCUGUCCAUGUGGGUAAAUUUCAUUUUCUUUAUGUACACAUUUAUCAAAGACAAUAACAAAAACAUGACAAAUAAACGUGAUUUUGGAUACUGCUACAAUGAAGGGCAUAAUAACAUAAUUGACUCACUCUAUAUAACACUGGUGGUGUGCUCUGAAGUUUUCUUUUCUGUGCUCAUUGCCUUGUCCAGCAGCUCUAUGAUUGUCAUUCUGUACAGACACAAGCAGAAGGUCCAACACAUCCACAGCUCUCAUGGUUCCAGCAGAACCUCUCCUGAGUCCAGAGCCACUCAAAAGAUCCUGAUUCUGGUGUCUACCUUCCUGGCUUUUUAUACUCUCUCCACCAUCUUGCGGGGCUGCAUUGCUGUUUUGGGUAAUCACAACUGGUGGUUGGUGACUAUAAACCACUUCACUUCUCUGUGUUUUCCCUCUAUUGAACCAUUUGUUUUUAUGGGUCAUUACUCCUUUGUGUCCAGGCUUAUUUUGGACUGGAUAAGCAAAAAAAAAAUCUUAAUCUUAUUUUAA